AUGAUUCUGCCCUUUUUUUACAGUGUACUGAUACAUAAUGAUAUUCCACCUCCAAGAAUUGCACGUCCAUUGCCAAAUGUCUGUGCAAUAGACUUACUGGUAGAACAAACAAUUAGACUUGUUGCAAUCUAUGCUCCAGCAAGCAAAACUUGGAAGUGGAUGGAUUUAUCAUCAUUUAUUUCUAAUCGUUAUAUGAUUAUGGGUGAUUUUAACAUCGAUUUAGAAAAGGAUGGGGAAAAAGCAGAACGCUUACUGGAAUGGAUGGGCUCAUGCUGGUUUGGCCCUCCCGCCCCGGAUUCUAAUACAUCUCUUCGCUCGGAUUGUACUAUUGAUUAUGCAUUAGCUGUCGAUGUUAAUUUAACAAUUCAAACAUGUCAAUAUUAUAUUCCUUCAUCAUCACCAUCAAUUAAACGAAAACAUGAUGAAUCUUUGCUUGAAUACGGAAAGCAAAUGAAUGAUAUUAGCAAUUUCUUGGAAACUGUUAUGAAACAACAAGGAGUUAUUGUUGAUGGUCUUCAAGCACUUCGUAAAAGGCAUGAGAAAAUUAAAAAAAUGACAACUUCAUUACUUCAUGCAAAUAAACUUGUGAGUUUCUUUAAUCUUGCCUUCUUUUGUGAAUUUUGUUCAAUAUUGGAUCAAGUCUCGGCUAAUAAACCAGUUCAAUUACCAAUCUACAAAUACAAGGAAAAAAAUCUCUUCGAUUCAAUAUCUGCUGAUUUAUCAAUAACUGCUACUCACUGUAAGUUGAUUCGUAAACUGUAUUCAACAGAAGAAAUAAUUAAUGGUGAAGCAUUAAAUGUACAAGAUGAAAGAUUUGAAAUUGUGAAAGAUGAGUAA